AUGAUACCAUCAUCUCGCACAAUGUCUCACAGCAACUACGCUGGGUCAGAUGUGCCAAUGGCACCAAGUAAGGAGCAGCAGACGCUUAUGUGGCAGCAAAACUCAUACCUGGUUGAUUCAGGUAUCAACUCUGGAGCUGCCACUCAGGUUCCAUCCCUGACUGGCAAGGAAGAUGAUGAGAUGGAAGGUGACCAGCUCAUGUUUGAUUUGGACCAAGGCUUCGCCCAGGGUUUUACCCAGGAGCAAGUUGAUGACAUGAACCAACAGCUCUCCCAGACGCGUUCACAACGUGUCCGGGCAGCUAUGUUCCCUGAGACCUUGGAGGAAGGCAUUGAAAUUCCUUCAACUCAACUGGACCCUGCUCAACCUACCGCAGUCCAACGCCUCGCUGAACCAUCGCAAAUGCUUAAGCAUGCAGUAGUUAAUUUGAUCAACUACCAAGAUGAUGCCGACUUAGCUACUAGGGCAAUACCAGAGUUGAUCAAGCUUUUGAAUGAUGAAGAUCAGGUAGUGGUAUCUCAAGCUGCUAUGAUGGUUCAUCAGCUCUCCAAAAAGGAAGCUUCUCGUCAUGCAAUCAUGAACUCACCACAGAUGGUCGCCGCUUUAGUGCGUGCUAUUUCUAACAGCAACGAUCUAGAGACAACCAAAGGUGCCGUUGGAACCUUACACAAUUUAUCGCACCACCGUCAAGGUUUGCUCGCCAUUUUUAAGAGUGGUGGUAUACCCGCUCUUGUUAAGCUGCUGAGUUCACCAGUCGAGUCUGUACUGUUCUAUGCUAUUACGACUCUCCAUAAUCUGCUUUUGCAUCAGGAUGGCUCCAAGAUGGCCGUCCGUCUUGCUGGAGGUCUCCAAAAAAUGGUUGCAUUGCUUCAGAGGAACAAUGUGAAGUUCCUUGCGAUUGUGACAGAUUGUCUUCAGAUUCUGGCCUAUGGAAAUCAAGAGUCGAAGCUGAUUAUUCUGGCCUCACAAGGGCCUAUCGAACUCGUACGAAUCAUGCGCUCAUAUGACUACGAAAAGUUACUGUGGACUACGUCAAGAGUAUUAAAGGUACUGUCUGUAUGCUCAAGUAACAAGCCGGCGAUUGUGGAGGCUGGUGGUAUGCAGGCCUUGGCGAUGCACCUCGGUAAUCCUAGCGGCCGCCUUGUCCAGAACUGCCUUUGGACCCUGAGGAAUCUUUCCGACGCUGCUACUAAGGUAGAUGUUGAAGGUCUAGAAGGUUUGCUGCAAAGUCUGGUACAAGUUUUGGCCUCUACUGACGUGAACAUUGUCACUUGUGCUGCUGGCAUUCUAUCCAAUUUGACUUGCAACAACCAGCGUAAUAAGGUGACGGUGUGCCAGGCGGGCGGCGUGGACGCGCUGGUGCGCACCGUGGUGUCGGCGGGCGACCGCGAGGAGAUCACCGAGCCCGCCGUGUGCGCGCUGCGCCACCUCACGUCGCGCCACGUCGAGAGCGAGAUGGCGCAGAACGCCGUGCGCCUCCACUACGGGUUGCCGGUGAUAGUGAAGCUGCUGCAGCCGCCGUCGCGCUGGCCGCUGGUGAAGGCGGUGGUGGGGCUGGUGCGCAACCUGGCGCUGUGCCCCGCCAACUACGCGCCGCUGCGCGAGCACGGCGCCGUGCACCACCUCGUGCGCCUGCUCAUGCGCGCCUUCAACGACACGCAGAGGCAGCGCACGUCGUCGGGCGGCGGCGCCGGCGGCGGCGCGGGCGGCGCGUACGCGGACGGCGUGCGCAUGGAGGAGAUCGUCGAGGGAGCCGUCGGCGCGCUGCACAUCCUCGCGCGCGAGGCGCUCAACCGCCAGCUCAUCCGCCAGCAGAACGUCAUCCCCAUCUUCGUGCAGCUGCUCUUCAACGAGAUCGAGAACAUACAGCGCGUCGCUGCAGGAGUGCUCUGUGAGUUGGCCGUGGAGAAGGAAGGCGCUGAGAUGAUAGAAGCCGAAGGGGCCACUGCUCCUCUCACUGAACUGUUACACUCUCGAAAUGAAGGGGUAGCCACAUAUGCAGCUGCUGUACUGUUCCGCAUGUCUGAAGAUAAGCCUCAUGACUACAAGAAGAGACUCUCUAUGGAGCUUACAAAUUCACUGUUCCGUGAUGAUCAUCAAAUGUGGCCCAAUGACUUGGCCAUGCAGCCUGAUCUGCAGGAUAUGCUCGGACCAGAACAGGGCUAUGAAGGGCUGUAUGGUACUCGACCGUCGUUUCACCAGCAAGGCUACGAUCAAAUACCGAUAGACUCGAUGCAGGGACUGGAAAUUGGCAGUGGCUUUGGAAUGGAUAUGGAUAUUGGAGAGACGGAGGGAGCGGGAGCCGCGUCUGCUGACUUAGCGUUCCCUGAACCGCCGCAUGACAACAGCAAUGUCGCCGCCUGGUAUAAGUUUGUCAGGGGCGUUUUAUUGCCGCAGAUGUUAAUUGGCUCGUGGUUGAGGGCUAAUGUUGCGAGUACAUUGCUGCGUGCACUGGCAGGCACCCACGAGCCGGGUAACAAAUCCGCUGAUGAAUUGUCGCUAUUAGUAUUCGUUUAUAAGGAUGUGAUGUUCUCCGGCGUAGAUUAA